AUGUGCUUGAAUAUAGCAAGUAGACUACAAGAAUGUGCUCAGGUUCAGAAGACGAAAGACCUGCUCAAUAACGUGGCCUCUGACGAAGCUAAUUUAGAAGCCAAAAUUGAAAAGAGGAAAUUAGAACUGGAAAGAAACCGGAAGCGACUCCAGACUCUGCAGAGUGUCAGGCCAGCCUUUAUGGAUGAAUAUGAGAAGAUUGAGGAAGAAUUGCAAAAGCAGUAUGACAUUUAUCUGGAGAAAUUUCGAAAUCUAGCUUAUCUGGAACAGCAACUCGAGGAUCAUCAUAGGAUGGAGCAAGAGAGGUUUGAGGAAGCCGAAAAUACUCUCCGUCUGAUGCAGAACAAGCUGAAGGAAGAAGAAAAGCGACUACUCAAGAGUGGAAGUAAUGAUGACUCGGACAUCGACAUCCAGGAGGAUGAUGAAUCUGACAGUGAACUGGAAGAGAGACGGCUGUCCAAGCCACGGACAGCCAUGGAGGUGCUCAUGCAAGGAAGACCUAGCAAACACAUCGUGGGCACAAUGCAAGGUGGAGACUCCGAUGAUGAUAUGGAAGGAGCACCAGCUCUGUUAGGUAAAUGCAAGACUUCCAGCUCCAAGACGCAGGUUGGUUUUCUUUUUCACCCCAUCCGUCC